AUGUGCAAAUUUCUUGCGUGCAUCGUUUUCGUUCAAUUGGCUUUUCAAAUCGAUCUCGUUGUGGGGCGCAGCGUAGAGUUCGUCACCGGCAGCUGCUCUUACAGUCCAAAAUACUUCAAAAACUUUUCGCUGACCAUAGUCGAAAACUUGAUGAAUAUGGACAUGGAUCUGAACAGACCCAUUCAGAGGGGCUUCAAGGCCCACUUCGACAUUCAGCUGCGACUGGCCAACGCCAAGAACUUUCAGUCCAUGUUUAACCAAAAGAACGACGUGUGCGCUGUGACGUCGAGUGUGAAGAACAGCCUGUUCAAGUCCUGGUUCAAGGAUAUGACCAAGUACAGUAACUUUAUGUACAAUUGUCCUGUAGAGGUGGGUCACUACUACUUGCGCAACUGGCGCAUGGGGAGUUCAAUGACCCACAAGUUUCUUAUCCCUGGUGAAUAUCGCGGAAAGGUAAGCUUCUUCUAUGGCAAAUACGGGACUAAGUCAUUCGAAGAAGCUUUGAAUUUGACGAUUGAUGCGAUCCUGUCUAACUAG